AUGUUCCUAUCUAUCCAAGCCUUUUUGUGCCCUCCGAACGACGGCAAGGAAGCUGCACUUCAUGUUUCUCCCUCUGCACCCGUGGCCGGAAUGUCUUGUCACUCCCGUGCCCAUGCUGCAGCCUUCGUCGCGGCCGCGGCGCCGGACGUGCUGCGGAGCCAGGAGGUGGUGCUUGUGGUGCCGGCGACGGUCAAUCAGGCUGAUUUCGAUGCCCUGAAGAAGAUUCUCAGCACAAAACCCAUGGGCUAUGUCGAGCUCCUCAGUGAUGCUGAUUUGGUGGUGAUGGGUGAAGCACCGAGUGGUGGACCUGGCAAGAGCCGUGUGGCUGCUCCUGUGCAAGCACUGCACCAUGGAUUUGGCUGGUCAAAGAACAAGGAUGCGUGGAAGCCGCAUGCGUCUCAGAUGCUUGGCCAGGCUUGGACUUUUCUCGCGCUUGGCUGCCAAACAUGA